AUGAACACUGGUGUGGAUUCUGAUCAGAGAGCCCCUGUAAGCCGGUGGUCCCUUAGAGAAAAAUGGAGUCUGGCCAAGAACAGAUUAAGAGGGCAGAAAUCCAGGAAUGUAUUUCACAUAGCCAGCCAAAAAAACUUUAAAGCUAAAAACAAAGCAAAACCAGUUACCACUAAUCUAGAAUUGAUUCUUCAGCAGUGUCAUGAAAGCAAACCAGUUAAUGUUGGUGAAGCUACAAAAUUAAUGGCUCAGUUGUAA